CGCACACUCACGUCCGUCCCGUCAUCUGGUACAUGGUAUCCUUGACUGCUGUUUCUGCCACUGUAACCUGCUUCACUUAACUCACUCACUCUGAUUGCGAGAUCAUGCAGCGAGAUUCUCCACGGGAGUCGUACAAGGACAGUCGAGGACAGUCGACACACUACCGAGACGAUCGCCGAGACCGCUAUUCUCGCAGGGACGACGACUACGAACGUGGUGGCUCUCGACGCGACUCUGGACGUGACUAUGGAAAGAGCAGAGACGGACUGUCUAGCUAUAAGCGAUACGACGACGGUAGGGAUAGGGACGGGCGCAGGGACCGUGACCGCGACCGGUACCGCAAUGAGAAUAGAGACGAGGAAGGGGGCUAUGGUCGCGGACGCGACCGCGACGACGACAGGAGACACGACACAGACGGCGACCAAAGACGAGACCGCGAUGAUCACCGCCCAGGACCUUCUCGCCGCUCGGCUUCUCCGCGUGCACGCUCGUCCAAGCCCGAAUCGCCAGCGCGUUCCAAGUCGCGCUCCGUACCAGCCGAAGACAAGGCGAAACCAAACUUCGGGAACUCAGGUCUAUUGGCCGCAGCGACGAAGACUGUGCAGCAUGGAGACGGCACGAAGACGGUGUUGAAGUACCAUGAACCGCCAGAGGCGCGGAAACCGGCAGUUGGGUGGAGGUUAUACGUGUUCAAGGGGAAGGAGCAAGUCGACCUGUUGCAUAUACACCGACAGAGUGCGUAUCUCAUUGGCAGAGACAAGGCUAUAGUAGACAUACCUAUCGACCAUCCAUCCUGCUCCAAACAACACGCCGUCAUCCAAUAUCGACAAGUGCAAGAGAAGAACGAGUUUGGCGAAGUCAAGCCCGCCAUCAAGCCCUUCAUCAUCGAUCUAGAAUCGACCAACGGGACUAUUGUCAACGACUCCCCAAUCCCGACCUCCCGAUACUUCGAACUGGUGCUUGGUGAUGUUAUCAAAUUUGGCGAAUCUGCGCGCGAAUAUGUCCUACUCAGUGAAGAUGCUGCAUAGACCACCGCUAAUCAUUCGUCGUCGUCUUUGUCAUCAGCCAUCCGAGACCACUGCUCGAUCGGGAAUGCCUCGUCUGAUGGAUUGCCUAUGACGCCCUUGCCAAUUGUACGUCCCUGCCAGCCGUAGUACAAAGCACGCUCUGGCCUUGCAUAUAUAGAAAUCC